AUGAUAACUCCAUUCUUUAGUAUCAGGCAGGACGACGAAUUCGUCUAUAUUGAUGUUAAGAUUUCCCAUGUCAGAUUCAGUGCCCAGGGCAUUGAGAUGAUCGUAGACAAUGAGCUUUUCAUCUUUUCGCUCAGCCCCUACUAUUUGAGGUUGAGACUUCCCUAUGCCUGUGUUGACGAUGAGAGAUCACAUGCUGAAUAUAACCUGAAGGACGAAGCAGUAAAUAUCAAAAUUCCCAAAGAGACAAAAGGACAAUUCUUUCCUGACUUGGACUUGACCACGAAACUCUUAGCAAGAACUGCUGAGAGCCAGCCACUUGAUGAAAACGAAUUGAAAGAGCCUUUAAUCGAAGAACUUGAUGUGAAUAACGAUAUAUCCUCUACAAAAACGCAGCAGUUAGAACAGGAUAUAGCUGAAGGGGAAAAGUUCAACUGGGAGAUAUCUCAGGAAGCUGCUACUGAUCCGGCCAUAAACACUGAUGACAGUAUCAAGAUGGCGGCUAUCAAGUACGGUUUCAAUAAUCAAUACAAUGCCAUUGUUGGAGUGUCUGUUUCUAACGGAAAUGAUAUCAACGAGUUGGGUGAUCCAGAAAACACUCCUGCUACAGAUAGAAUAAUAGAGAGAUUGAUCAAGGAGAACAUCAAGUUUGAUCCCGAGUUCUAUGCUGCUGACUACAUCAUGGAGAAGUACCCCAGCCCUGAUGAUGAGAAGUCUUUCAAGGAGCUCUUGGAAUGGAAGAAUCCCUUGGUGAGGCAAUUCUUGAAAUGGUACAAGGCUCAGCAGCAAUUGCCUUUAGCCGAAAGAACGCAGGUAAUGCCCGUACAAUUCUCUAAAGAAGAACAGGAAAAGAUGAUAAACCUUCCUCGUAAGUCAUAUCUUGUAGAAGAGGUGUUUAGACCACAACUCUACACGCUUCUUGUCUCGUUGUUGUUUUCGUAUCAUUUCGAUUUGAGAGAGACUGAAGGCGAACACAAUAUAGAAAGUGCAUGGACCAUAGGCAGAUUGACUCCACAAAUAGCAUACUUGGAUUCGCAGAUUCUUGUUCCUACUGGAAAUGAGAGUAUAUUGCGCGCUGCCGUCAUAACUGGUAUAAGAAGAGCCCUCUCUUAUCCUUUGCAUAGAAACUACAAUUUGACCGUCAAGGUUUGGGAAGAUGUGUAUUAUAAUCUCAGAGGGGGAAAAAGAUUGGUGUUGAAGGCAUUGUUAGACUUGAAGGAGUUGUUCAGAUAUCAUGAUGUCUACUAUGUGUAUGAUAAGAUAUGGCUCGAAGACUUCUGUUCGUGGUUGAUCAGUGACGAUGUUACCGAGGCUACACUUCGUACAUUAGCUCAUGACUUAAAGAUGGAGUACACCGGCUUACAGAAGACUGAUAUCACCUUCGAGAAAUUGGAUACUGAAGCCUCUCAAGAAGAUGGAGAGGAAGACAAGGAGGACAUAAUUGCCUUGAAUCUUCACGACAUAGAAGUCAUGGCUGAGAACCUGUUCCAGGCUUUCCAGAAUAACUUAUAG